AUGGUUAUGCUAAAUCCCAUUGAAAUCGUCUGCUUCUAUGUGGUGCAGCCCAUCCUGGACUAUCUGACGUAUCUGAUGCUGGAGGUGCACUAUGUGGCCUAUCUGGCCGGCCUGGCAGUCAUCGGGAUCGUCUUGGGCCUCGUCUUCAGCAUCAUAUCGGUGAUCUGGUACAAGAGCACACUGAAGGAUCUACCAGGGCAGCCAACCGUUGCUGUGGAGCAUGUUCACAGCCCUGAAGGUCCUGCCAAGAAGAAGGACCAGAAGCAGGACUAGAACAAACAGAUGAAGACUACAAGGCCUUCCGACUCUCUCUUUCUCUGUUCUACACAAAUCAUUCAAGGCGCGUCACAGAAGAAGACUACAGAAUAAAGGGCAUAAGGAAUCAA